AUGGCCAAAGAUAAAGAACGUACCGUCAAUCCUGCGCAGGCUCAACGCAAGCUUGAUAAGCAAAAGGCACUCAAAAAGGGCAAGGCAGAAGCGCAGAACAGACGCAACGAAAAGCUAGCACGGCGAAAUCCAUACCGCAUCCAACGACAAAUAGAUGACCUCAAAGCAGCUGAAGAAGCUGGGAAGCCUCUCAAACAGCAGCAAAAGGAGAUACUCGAGGCUUUAGAAAGAGAUUUACGAGCUGUUAACAAGGCGAGGGAAGCCCUUGGGGACAAGGCGCCGGUCUUUGGACGUGCAGAUGGCGGGCCUCGUCGAGACGGGGACAGAGACAGAGACCAAGGUCACAAUGUGCUAGGGAAGAGAAGAAGGGACGAUCAACGCGAAGGCCGUCAUUGGAGACAACAUGAGAACAGUGGCAGCGAGACAGAUGAGAGUGUCCGAAGGAUACCGAUGCCCAGGGAUACGCCUCCCCCAAUCCCACGUCAACACCACCAAAGACGGCGAGGGGGACCAAACAAUACCGAUGAAGGUGAAGGUGUAGCAGCUGGUGGUGAGAGGAGUGUGCACCAACUGCCGGCGAAACCUCCAGUCCCAGAAGCAAAGGCCGUUUACGAAUCUGCACCAGUCCUCAGGAAUCUGCAACAAGAAGCUAUCAACAAGUUUGUGCCGACAACAGUAAGAAUGAAACAGGCUGCUGUUAAGGGUGAUGGCCAGCUCGUUGAACCCGAAGAGAUGGAUAAGUUGGAGAAGGCCGGAUAUGUGGUUGGUGGCAGUAGCCACAACGCUGGCCAGUCGACAGAAACUACGAACGCAAAGGCGGCAGCAUCCUCUCUUGAAGAAGAGGAGGAACGGUUCAAUCGUGAACUCAGAUCAGUCCAAAUCGAAGAAGUCGAGGAUGAGGGCAAUUGA